GUUACAUGUAUUUGUCUGAACUCAGUGUAGUUUGAACGCAUUCAGACGUAACAUAACGGCAACGUUGCGUGGUAACGUGUCGGGACGUUAGCUUGGAUAGAACACCCUAGAAUCGGGUAUCGCUAGGUAACAGGCGGUGGAAUACGUUUACUGUUGGCUGUAAUGUAGCUAGCUAGCUAAACUGCGUCAACAACUUACUUUAAACAAAUCUGUGACUGCGUCGGUUUCCCCCCAAACCUGACGUCAAAACAGAUAAAUCGCAACCACGGCGGACUCAAUGGCACAGUGUGUACCGGUGGCGGUGUUCAAGCUUGUCUUGGUAGGAGAUGGAGGCACCGGGAAAACGACUUUUGUGAAGAGGCACAUUACAGGAGAGUUUGAGAAGAAAUAUGUUGCUACUCUGGGAGUAGAGGUCCACCCGCUGAUGUUCCACACUAACAGAGGACCUAUCAAGUACAAUGUGUGGGACACAGCUGGUCAGGAGAAGUUUGGAGGCCUGAGAGAUGGCUACUACAUUCAAGCUCAAUGUGCUAUCAUCAUGUUUGACGUCACCUCUCGAGUCACCUAUAAGAACGUGCCAAACUGGCAUCGUGACCUGGUCCGUGUCUGUGAGAACAUUCCAAUUGUCCUGUGCGGCAACAAGGUGGACAUCAAAGACAGGAAAGUCAAAGCCAAGAGCAUUGUGUUUCACCGCAAGAAGAACCUGCAGUACUAUGACAUUUCUGCCAAGAGUAACUACAACUUCGAGAAGCCUUUUCUGUGGCUAGCAAGGAAGUUGAUCGGUGAUCCCAACCUGGAGUUUGUGGCAAUGCCUGCUCUCGCUCCCCCAGAGGUUCAAAUGGACCCGAACCUUGCUGCGAAGUACGAGGAAGAGCUUCAAGUUGCAUCGCAAACCGCACUCCCAGAUGAAGAAGAUGACCUCUAACCUGUUACCUGAAUUUACCCUCUCGUACCCCCAAAUGUGGACAGGAAGUUGUUGGAUUUUUGCCCCCGGUUUACUGUAAAAUCCCUUUCAGAUUUUUUAUUUUUGAAUUUUUGUUUGUUUUAAAACUAGGUAAAAACUUGGUGGAAAAAGUUGUGGUUCUAAUUUCACUGUAUCGGACACACCCACCCUAGUGUUGUCAUUGGCAUGGCAACGUGCUACUCUUCAUCAUCGAGCACCCUCCACUGCACUCCAGCUCACAUAAUGCUGUUGUACGGUGCACUGGAAGCACUAAGGGGAGAAACUUUGAAUAAAUACAUUCUCAAUACAA